UCUCGAUGGGAGGAUUGUGAUCUCACGGUUGCGCUGAAAAUUCUAAAAACUGAUAAUGACUAUAAGUUUACUCAAGAGCUAAAAAUCUUAAAUAACAAUAGCAACCAUUCUAAUAUUAUUGGCCUAUAUGGUAUAACUAAAA